GUGAGCAGAAAAAAUAAACAGUACAUACUCAAAGACUCUGCUGCUCUCUCGUCUUCUUCUUCAUUUCUCAGAUUUUUCUACGCAGCGAAAUAUAAAAACCCAAGCUUUGAUUUUUCCCCUCUCUACUUUCUCCUUCAAUGGCAUUGAUACAACACGGUUCGGUUUCUGGGACCUCUGCCGUUCGAUUGAGCUUCUCAUCCUCCGCAUCACCACCGCCUUCUUCUCAUCCCUUGACGACGAGGGUUUCUCUCAGUUUUCAGCCGGAGAAGAAGGGUUGGAGGAGGAGUUGUUGCCGGAGACUGAUAUGCAGAGCUAUGGCACAAGAGGCCGUUCAAGGGAUUCCUUCGGUUUACGCCAGGGAAAUGGAGCGUCUCUCUGCUAAGGAAUCGCUGAUUCUCGCCUUCAAUGAUGCUGGAGGCUUUGAGGCUUUAGUCACAGGGAAGAUCACUGAUAUGCAGAGGAUUGAUGUGAAUGAGAGGAUAACCACUCUUGAGCGGCUUAACCCGACUCCUAGACCAACCACGUCUCCUUAUCUCGAAGGCCGAUGGAGUUUUGAGUGGUUCGGAACCAGCACUCCUGCUUCACUUGCUGCUCGGGUUAUAUUCGAGAGGUUUCCUUCGGCGUUUGUGAGUCUAUCCAAUAUGGACAUAGUCAUUAAGGAUGCUAACGCAAAGGCGACCGCAAACGUCAAGCUGCUAAACAUGGUAGAAAACAAAGUCAUCUUGUCGUCGAAAUUGACAGUGGAAGGGCCUUUAAGGAUGAGAGAAGAGUAUUUAGAGGGAUCGCUCGAGUCGCCGACGGUUAUUGAAGAAGCAGUACCGGAACAGUUUAGAGGUUUACUGGGCCAAGCUACCACGACGUUGCAGCAGCUUCCUGAACCGAUCAAGGACACUCUAACCAGUGGUCUAAGAAUUCCACUUGGUGGAUCUUACCAGAGAUUCUUCAUGAUAUCUUAUUUAGACGACGAGAUUCUUAUUGUUAGAGAUACGACGGGAGUGCCUGAAGUACUAACGAGGGUUGAAACAUCGUCUUCAUCAAGCGUCGUAGAGGGUUUUGAAUACAACAGUUAAAAACGUGCAUGUCCUUAUGUUCCUCUGUUUAUGUAUGUAAAUGCCAAACAAACUUGAAUACAACUUACUUCAACACCAUAUAUCUCUGGAUACAUAAACCUUUACUUUGUCUCUCUGUCUCUUUCAAUUGACUUUGUUGAUUUCAUUAGUGAAUAUUUUGGAAUAAAUAUUUGAAAAACGA